AUGACAACCAACAAAACACAAUGUUUUACAUGCAAUAAAGAUAAAAUAACAUAUCUAUGUGAUGGAUGUUUGAAAAACUUUUGUUUAAUGGAUUUAACAAAACAUCGUCAACUAUUAAAUGAAGAACUACAUUAUAUUAUUAAUGAUUAUGAUCAAUUUAAACAAAUAUUUUGUGAACAAAAGCCCAGUUUGCACGAUCUUUCAUUAAUAGAUCAAAUUAAUCAAUGGGAAAUAAAUGAGAUUAACAAAAUCAAACAAAAAGCAAAAGAUUACAGAGAAACUGUUAUUAAAUCUUCACAAAUAUUUUUGAAUGAUAUUGAAAUGAAAUUUAAUGAUUUAAAUGGACAACUAAAACAAUUUCAUGAUGAAAAUGAAUUUAAUGAGAUUAAUUUAGAAUAUUUAAGAACUGAAUUACUAAAAAUGAGAGAAGAACUAAAUAAUCCACCAACGACUUUUAUUCAACCAGAUUCUCUACCAUUUACUGAUGAAAUUCUAGUUAUUUCAUUAGAAAAAAAACUAAAAUGGGAUAAAUGGAAACAAAAUGCUAUCACUGUAGCUGGUGGAAAUGGAUAUGGAGACAAAUUAAAUCAACUCUGUCUUCCUGCAGGAAUCUUUGUUGACGAAAACAAAAAUAUUUUUAUUGCUGAUUAUUCCAAUCAUCGUGUUGUUGAAUGGAAAUAUAACUCAAAGGAAGGAAAAAUCGUUGCAGGUGGAAAUGGCAAAGGAAAUCGAAUGAAUCAAUUAAAUCUACCAACCGAUGUGAUUGUUGAUCAACAAAAUCAUUCCAUCAUAAUUGCCGAUUGGCAAAACAGACGAAUAGUUCAAUGGGUGAAUCGAAAUCAACAAAUUCUUAUUGAUAAUAUUGACUGUAGUCGCUUGGCAAUGGAUAAACAUGGACUUCUUUAUGUUUCUGAUUAUAAGAAGAAUGAAGUGAGACGAUGGAAAGUUGGAGAGUACAAUGAAGGAAUUGUAGUUGCAGGUGGAAAUGGAAAAGGAGAUCAACUUAAUCAACUUAAUUUUCCUGCCUGUAUCUUUGUUGAUGAAGAAGAAUCUGUUUAUGUAUCCGAUCAAAACAAUCAUCGCGUGGUAAAAUGGAGAAAAGAUGCAAAAGAAGGAACAGUUGUGGCUGGAGGAAAUGGUAAAGGAGAAAAUCUCAAUCAAUUAUCUGUACCUCAAGGAGUAAUUGUUGAUAAUUUCGGUCAAAUCUAUGUGGCAGAUUUUUGUAAUCAUCGAGUAAUGCGUUGGUGUGAAGAAAAAGAAGAAGGUGAAAUUGUUGCUGGUGGGAAUGGUAAAGGAAAUCAAUCAAAUCAACUGAAUGUUCCCAUGGGUUUAUCUUUUGAUAAUGAAGGAAAUCUUUAUGUUGCUGAUUAUUUGAAUCAUCGAAUCGAAAAAUUUGAAAUAGUUUUGUGA